UUUAUAAAGAGGCAUCAAUCCCUGUCGCCAUCAUUUAUGAACCGCAUCUGCGACCGUGGAUAGCGACGCUCCUCAAUAAUACUGAGCUUUCACCGCUCGAGCUCUGCAAGAUCUGAACGACGUUCAAAGAUGGGGUACGGAAGUGCCAAUGAGUCCCAGACGGGCCAAAGAAAAGAGGUGGACUUCUGCCUGGGGUCCUGCCACGCCAGGCACAUUCUGGAUGUCCUCAACUCCUACCGGCGGAGCGGCACCUUGACGGACGUGGUGCUGCAGGUGGAGGGAAGCGAGUUCCCCUGCCACCGCGCCACUCUGAGCGCCAGCAGCCUCUACUUCCGCACCAUGUUCCACAGCCAGAUGCAGGAGAGCCGGCAGCCCCAGGUACAGCUGCAGGGCGUCACAGCCCCAGCCAUGGAGAACCUGCUCAACUUCAUGUACGUGGGAAAGGUGGACGUGGACGAGGAGAACGUGGAGGACGUCUUCAAGGCCGCCGACCUGCUGGGCGUCAGUGUGCUCAGCAAGGCCUGCGUCCGGUUCCUGGAGAGCCGGGUGGAGCACUCGAACUGCCUGAGCAUCAUGCACUUCGCCAACUCCUACUUCCUCAGCCCGCUGGCGGAACAGUGCCAGCGGCUGCUGUACCAGGAUUUUGUGGAGGUGUACCGGCACGAGGAGUUUCUCGGCCUGACCAGAGAGUGCCUGGUGGAGCUGCUGACCAGCGGGCAGCUGCGGGUCGACCGGGAGGAGGUCCUGGUGGAGGCUGUGCUCAGGUGGGUUCACCAUGACCCCAGCGGCAGGAGGGGAGCCCUGCGGGAGCUGUUGGAGCUGCUGCGGCUUCCCCUGGUUGACCCCGUCUUCUUCCUCAACACCGUGGAGACUGACGACAUCGUCCAGGCCUGCAAAGAGUGCCAGCCCCUGUUGACAGAGGCCAGGAAGUAUCACACAUUCGGGAAAGAGGUGAACUCUGCACAAACCCAGCCAAGAAGGUCAUCGAGCAGAGUUGAGAUGAUUGUGGUGAUCGGUGGUUGUGACAAAAAAGGAUACGCCAUGCUGUCUUUCACUGAGAAGUUCAACCCUCACAGCAAACAGUGGGUUGCAGCCGCGUCUAUUCCAGGAUACUCAAAGUCAGAGUUUGCUGCCUGUGAGCUUCAAAAUGACAUCUAUGUAUCAGGAGGUCAGCUCAACAGCUCAGAUGUUUGGAGAUACAUGUCGCAACUUGACCAAUGGGUUCGUGUAGCCUCCAUGACCAAGGGCAGGUGGCGACACAAGAUGACUGCCCUCCGUGGAAAGCUCUAUGCUGUCGGUGGCUACAAUGGUCAUGAGCGGCUGUCCAGUGUUGAGUGCUACAGCUCUUAUGAUAACCAAUGGGAGACUGUGGCUCCCCUGCUUCAGCCUGUCAGCUCCGCUGCAUUGGUUGGCUGCAACGGGAAGCUGUAUGUCAUUGGAGGGGCAUUAAGUGAUGAAUCCAAUACCAAUAAGAUACAGUGCUACGAUCCGGUUGAGGAUGUGUGGACAUACAUGGCGCCCAGUCCAUUUGCACAAAGGUGCACUAAUGCCACUGCACUCAACAACACUAUUUAUGUGAUUGGGGGCCUUCUGAACAAGCUGUACAGCUACUCUCCAGAAACUGACACCUGGAGCAGUGUUGCAGAGUUACCAAUGAAACUGGAGAGCAGUGGACUGACUGUGUGUGACGGGAAGGUUUACAUCCUGGGUGGGCGUGACGAGCACGGCUCUGCCACCAACAGGGUUUGGGUCUUCAGCCCAGACAGCGGGGAGCUGACCGAGGAGUCGUCCUUGUCCAGGUCUGUCAGCUACCACGGCUGUGUCACCAUCACCCAGCGGGUCCUCCAGAAGCCCGCCCUGUGACCUGUGAUCUGCCCCACCGGCUCCCCGGGACACUGCAUACAGAGCUGCUUUUGCCACGCUCUGUAGACAGCAACUGAACUGUCCAACUGUAGCAUCCAACUUUGUGCCUAUCAAAACAUCCAACUUUGUGCCUCCUGUCAAAAUGCAUGUCAUCAUCCUGCAAAUGCGGGCCACGCGUUUAUUAAAUCAUUGGCCCCAGAUUUCCCGUAGUGAUUACAGACUUUUAUUUAAUUGUACUACUUGUAAAAAUUGCUAGCAAAUCAGAAAGAAAUUCA